CUCCGCAAACGCGGCCUGAAUGCCCUCAAAGAAGCGAACUAUGUAGCCGUGUCUUGGACAUGGGAAAGUUCAGAGCCGUACGAGGAUUCUGCAGCUGGCCACCAUCUAGUGCAACUCUCUAAUGGGGACCACAAACCUUCUGGAGUCCGGAACCGGGUUCUCGACCGCAUACGGCGAUACACGGAAGCCCAGCCUGCUGGCCUGCAAUACAUAUGGAUAGAUAAGCACUGCAUCUGCCAGGAGUCGGGCACUGAGAAGACUCAGGGCAUGCAGGCAAUGGAUAUGGUCUACAAGCUGAGCAAUCACCCCAUUGCUCUGCUAGCACGACCGAUUGAAUCGCACGAAGAGCUUUGCCUUCUCGCAGACGUUCUCCAGGGCAAUUUUGUGUCAAAAAAUGCUUCUGGAGAGCUCUGCUUAAGGUCCUUCGCAGAGAGCGCCCUGGACAGGCUUCGUAGAGCAAUGUCCCUUCUCGAUACCAUAACCUCCGAUCUUUGGUGGACAAGAGCCUGGACUUUUCAAGAAAACUAUCGUUGCGAUGGAAAAAUGACUCUCCUCAUCCCUCACCCAAAAAAUGAUGAAAUAUUCAGGGAGAAGAGAAAGAAAAAAGAUGUUUUCGGUAAGGUCGUGGGCGACUUAUCGAUCUCAUCUCGCGAGUUCCAGACGGAAUCCACAAAACUGUGCCAAGCCUGCAUAUUUGCAGAGGAGGAUGGCAGCGUCUCCGGCCUGUCCGAUAUUGCCGAACGGAUUCUCAAGACAGCUCCCAAUUACGAGUUCCUAUUACGGGAGACCAUGCCCGAUGGACAAUAUUCGACCCGCUGGUCACAGUCGCCGAGAAUCAUAAAGGACAUUGAGUCCCGCGGCAGCAAAUUCUGCCACGACAGAUUGGCCAUAGUCGCAAAUUGCUGCCAAUACUCCAUCAGGCUAGAUGACGCCAUCUUGCGGCAAGGAUCACACAGCAUGAGUCUAGCCAUGCUCGCACUCUACUUCUUGAAUGGAGAGAUCAUGAAGAACGCAUGUAAAGAUAAAGGAAGCCGUCUUUUGGCGAGAUGUCGGGGUCAAACAGUCGCCGACUUCAUCGCAGACCAGUCCUUCGCUAACUUCUGUCCCCCUUUGCUGAGACGUCCUCUUGUUUACAACAACGGUUGCCGAUUCAUCAAUGUCCAGCUGACUGAGGAGGGGUUGAGAACUUCUGGCCAUAUCUGGAAGCUCCACCGCACCUUACCCACAGAGCAAUUCGCUCUCUCAGUUUCAGAAAAUCGAAUACAGCAUAGCCACUGGACACGCCGGAGACACAUCGUCAGGCGGCUUGCCGAGCUGCGAGAUGCUUUCCAUAAGCUUGGACAUGACCCACUAGUGCAAAAGCUGGAAGAGUUUCUUGAAGUAAACAUGCGACCCAAGAAAAAUGAAUUCUUUUCCGGAAAGUACAUGUGGACGAUGGCUAGGAUGGUUGUAGCCGCAAUGGACGCGAAGAAGCCACUAGUGCUCGGUGGUCUGCUUGACCACCAGCACUUCAAAUAUACUGGAAUCUUCGUUGGGAGCUUAUGCAAGUCUGUCUACAUUUUCACCUCUUCUAAGCCGAUGAAGGAAUCUUCAGAAAACCAAUAUCCAAACGACAUUGACAAACACGUAUCAAUUGAGGUACAGGGAGACAACUUGGAAUCGAUAGGCUUUCAUGACGAGCCUAAGCCUAAGCUACUCAUUGAGCGUUGGGUGAAUGGGCUUUGUUUCUUCCAGAACCACCCCCGUCGAUCGGUAGUAUUCCCAUGGCAUCCUGCGUUGAAA